UCCCAAGUCCGCUCUGUUUUAGAAAAUGGUGCUGUAAACAGACAAUCGGUAAGCGAGGGUUUCGUCGCGACAAUCGAAUAGCUCUGGCGGGAUAUCUCCCAGUAUAUGAGGCCUUAUUUAAUCGAAGAGUGUUUGCAUAUUGGAGUUAUUAGUAGUGUUUUGGUGGGAAGUAAAUUGAACAUACGGGUUCUUCAGAGGAAGCUCGGCUAACUUGUUAGCUUACCACUAUUAGCAGACGUGAUAUUCAAGUUUCGUUCAGUUUAAACCCUCAGAUGUCCAGUCUGUGCCAGCUACCACUUCCAACCCCGAGCAAAUGUGGUUAGAGUGAGAAAUAGUUGGGUGUUUUUUGUUAUUGAUGUAUGAGUUAGCAGGUUUAGCUAGUUUGACUGGCAUGUUCAUGUGAUCUUACAGCAUAUGGUGUACAUGGUCACCAGAUGAGUUAAAGGCUCCGAUUCGUUAGUGGAUUGUUUGUUUGUGAGGUUAUGAAAUGAUACAAGCAGAGGCAGCUUUGCUCACUACCAUCUGUAACAAAAUUCAGCAUUUAUUAGUGAGUUUUGUAGUGAUAUCUGAAAAUCAGUCCCGUAUUGGACAAGCAGGACCAUCACCAGGGUCUGCUGAUGCUGUGCGAUCGGCCCGUUCAUCUGGAUCUUCGCACAUUCCCGUCUGCCUGACCUAAAUUGGUCUUUCUCCUACAAAGUUACUGUACGGUGACCACCAUGUCCGACAACCAGGGAAAUCUGAACAACAACAACGUCCCACUGAUUAACAACAAUAAUGGAGGGCCGAACCGGAUCCGGAAUCCUGCGAUGAAUCAGAACCCACUGAUCAACGUGAGGGACAGACUUUUUCACGCAUUAUUCUUUAAGAUGGCAGUCACAUAUGCAAGACUGUUUCCACCAUCCUUCAGACGAAUAUUUGAAUUCCUGGUUCUAUUAAAGGCCUUGUUUAUGCUCUUCAUUCUGGCCUACAUCCACAUCGCCUUCUCACGUUCACCGAUCAACUGCCUGGAGCAUGUGCGGGAGAAAUGGCCCCGUGACGGCAUCCUGCGUGUAGAGAUCCAGCGCAACUCCAGUCGAGCCCCCAUCUUCCUGCAGUUCUACGAGACAGAGGGAAUCCAGGGACUGGUGAAGGAACUGGAAGAGGACGGAAGUGAAGCCAGACAGCCAGUUGUUCAGACAGACACUGAAGAGGAGGAGGAGAUGACCAUAGACAUGUUCGACAACAGCACAGUACGGUUUGAGCUGGACAUAGAGCCGCAUCUGAAUCCAUCGAUGAGCGGCAGUGUUCCGGGCUCCAGCCUGAAUGAAUCACAGGAUCUGUCCUUCAGCCAGGCCUCCUCUAAAGGUAUGCAGCCGCUGAGGGAGACUGUCUCCGAGAUUGAGAUGCUAACUCGAGCAGUGUGGCCGCAAGAAGAAUAUAUCGUGGAAUAUUCUCUUGAGUACGGGUUCCUGCGGCUGUCUCAGGCCACACGCCAGCGGCUCAACAUCCCAGUCAUGGUGGUGACCCUGGACCCCAUGAAAGAUCAGUGCUUUGGAGAUGGCUUCAGCCGCUUCCUUCUGGAUGAAUGCCUGGGUUAUGAUGACAUCCUGAUGUCCAGUGUGAAGGCUUUAGCAGAGAAUGAAGAAAACAAAGGGUUCCUGAGGAACGUGGUGUCUGGAGAACACUACCGUUUUGUCAGUAUGUGGAUGGCACGUACUUCCUACCUUGCAGCCUUUGUAAUCAUGGUUAUAUUUACUCUGUCCGUGUCUAUGCUGCUGCGGUACUCGCACCACCAGAUUUUCGUCUUUAUAGUGGAUCUUCUCCAGAUGUUGGAGAUGAAUAUGACUAUUGCUUUCCCUGCUGCCCCUCUCCUCACUGUCAUCCUGGCUCUCGUGGGGAUGGAGGCCAUCAUGUCUGAGUUUUUCAAUGACACAACAACCGCCUUUUACAUUAUUCUCAUUGUUUGGUUGGCUGACCAAUAUGAUGCCAUCUGCUGCCACACCAACACGAGCAAACGCCAUUGGCUAAGAUUCUUUUACCUGUACCACUUUGCCUUCUAUGCAUAUCAUUACCGCUUUAAUGGCCAGUACAGCAGCCUGGCUCUGGUCACCUCAUGGCUCUUUAUUCAGCACUCAAUGAUCUAUUUUUUCCACCACUACGAGCUGCCAGCAAUUCUUCAGCAGAUCCGGAUCCAAGAGAUGCUCCUUCAAAACCAGCAGGUGGGUCAAGGUAACCAGACGGCCCUGCAGGACAAUCUCAACAACAACACUAGCACCGCAGCACCUGAUGGCCAGGCUAAUGCAGCCGCUAACACUAAUGGCCAGGAUGGCCUAGCCGCUCAGGACCAGCCUCAGAUCGAACCCCACAAUGGCUUUUUAAACCCCAUUCUGCCCAUCGACCCAUCCAGCUCCAUCAGUGACCUCAACUGGAUGGCCGAGAUGGCCAUUGGACCAGAAGCUCUGGCUAUUCCACACCUUGGUGGCUCGAUCUUUGAGACAGGAGGGAUCCAGGAAUCGCCAACGUAUAGCACAGCUGUAUCGGAGCUGCAAAGUCCAAGCAUACCAGGAGAGAACCAGGGGAACAUUAGCACAGCCAGCACUCCUGCAGCAGAUAUGAAGUGCUCUCAGGGUCUGGGGCCCCCUGGUGGCGGAGGAGGCCUGACGGAGUCUGAAACAGAUCCCGCUUCCUCCUCAAUGACCUCACACACAGACUGCAAAGUAGCAGAAACGUGCAAGGGCACCACGGACUGGGACGGAAAAACAGAGAACGAAAAUGAAAGCUUGUCAGACUCCCACUCGACCCCUGCUUGAGAGAUGCACUAGAUCUCUUACGUUGAGAACGAAUGAAUUUAAGCCUUUUGCUCUCUUCACCUUCCCUCUAUGUAAAUUAAUCCAGAAGGCAUAAAGAGGAGAAGCUGUGAUGGAGCAUUAUCUAAUUACAUCCUCAAAAUCUCAGACGAGAACGUGAGGAGGGCCGAAGCAGACUCUAGAGUAAAUUCUUAUUGAAUUGUGAGAGGAUGUUAUCAUUUGGAGAGUCUUUACAUGUGAUUGUUUUUUUUUUUAUGAUUUAAACUUUUUUUGUAAUACAAGAAGUAUUCAGCUUGCAAAUGUGAUGUGUUGCAUAAUUCUGGUACUUUUUGUGAUUAUAUAUGUGGGCGCUAUAUGUAUCAAUGGCCAGCACGUGAGACAUUCAUACAUUUUAGAUCUGAAUAUACAACAGUGAUCUGGCUUUUGCAAUCUUUAUUUUGCCUUUAUUUCCAAAUCUCUAAUGAUUACAUUGACUUGCUCUUAUGGAAAAUGCUGCCUAUUUAUAGUGGUGGAAAUAAAUGCAAAUGUGUUAAUGUUUUUUAAGGGCCCACUACCUUUUCAGUUCUUGGACACUAGUGAGCCUCCAAAAUGCCUCCAUGGGGUUCCAUGUAUGUUCCGAGAUAGUAGCUGUGGAUGGCCAGAUGUUUAUUUGUGGCAAUGUUAUUGAAAAGAAGUGCACAAGUAGAGCUAGAACAAGCUGGCAGCCAGUUUCAAAAUUAUUAUACCUGAAAAAUGAUCUGUGCUAUUAUAAGUGCUAAUUUAAAACACUGUCCUGUUUCACAGAGGUCAUUUCACAUGGUUCUUCCUCAUCAAGAGACAUUGGUUCUUAAAGAGGCUUUUUGUGGUUAGUUUAGACAGGCGUGUCAUUUUGCAUAAAUCUGGCUUUAAUAGAGAAAACUAAAUAUUAACCCAGUAUUUCCCUCUGAAGUACUUUGGGGUCAGUAGCCUUACCAGAGGCUUCAAAGCCAGCAAGACAAUUGUCAUGGGAUAUAAAAGCAACUUAACCAAGAGUAAAUGUGUUGCUGCGCUAACAGAUUUUAUUUCUAAUCUUCCAGACAAAUAAGAUGCAGAUUCCUUCAGACAAAAAGCAGACUGUAUUUGUGGAUCAGAUGUGAGGAAUUAUUUCCUUCUGUCUUGCUAAAUCAAUAUCGAAGCAUUGCAAGGCAUCAAGAGUACUGACCAAGGAGACAGUUGUCUUCAUAUUCUGCUUUUGCAUAGAGAUUUUGAUAUGUAGGCAGCAAUUUCAAGUUCAGUUUGUUUCAGGGACUGUAGAAAGAAUGGUGGAUGCCUGAUGACAGAACAGAUUUUUUGAUCUUCAUGACCACGUGUAAAGAAGACUACAUUUACCUUCACUCAAUUCACUGUACACCAAGAGAUCAAAUAAAGGAAUCUGUUGUUGUAUACACUCUCUUUGACAUGGGUAUGGAUGGAAUAACAUUUUUGGGGGAGUAGGAUGUUCAUUUAAAGGCUAUGCAACAAAAUGGCAAGUUAAAGCCGGCCCUUUUUUUCCCUUCAAAUUGUGCAAUAUUUUGUGAGGUGCAGAUCUAUAAAGGAUUCCAGUUCUGAAAGAGUGAUUUCUAAGAUUUUAUGAUCAGUUCCUCAAAUGUAUUUUAUUUUUUGCCGAUUUGCCAUUGCGAGAGGAAACGGAUGAUUGUAGUGUUUAGAUGCAUUGUAGGUAGUCUAGACAGAAACUUAAAAAGUCUCCGUUCUGUGAUAAACUAAAUUUCGUCUCAUUCAAAUGUAUUUAACUGAAACAUACCAAAAAAAAAAAAAAAAACUGCAUAAAGACACAAAAUUAAGUUCCACUCUGAACCUUUUUGUGGUUAUUUUGUGUUUCUCUUAUUGGUUCUAGAAACACUGUACCAGCCAAAAGUUUGGACACACCUGACUAAAUUAGUUACUAAUGAUAUGAAAGACAUUUUAAUUUUAAGGAUUUAUAAAUGCUUGUAAUUAGUUUUGCUGACAAACAUACAUUUUGCCCAAGCAUUAAUUUUUAAUUCAUAAAACAUUUUUAAAUGGUUGAGUUGGACAAUGGAGUGAAGGAAAAUUAUGGAGCCAGAA